CGGUCGGUGGUCGGAGAGAAUCAAAUCAAAUAAUCUUUUUGUAAAAUUAUGUCACAAAUGAAGCAACACAAUGCCGACAACAGCCCAUCGUCGCCAGGGAAAUUCAAAAUGGACAAAUCCCCAUACAUUCUUCACAAACUCAGAUGGCACCAUUCAUCCCUCGCAAAACUCACAAUGUGGACUUUCCUUUUUCUCUUCUUCAUCUUCUUCAUUCUCUACAAAUCUCCGUCAUCAUCUUCAACCGAUCUCUCCCGUCGAUCUCUCCGAACAACCUUCUGGGGUGGUUCAGAAUGGGAAAAACGCGUUAGAGAAUCAUCCCGCGUCCAUUCUCGUAACGGAUUCUCCGUACUCGUUACCGGCGCUACAGGUUUCGUCGGCACCCACGUUUCCGUCGCCCUUAAACGCCGAGGCGACGGCGUUCUAGGACUCGAUAACUUUAACGACUAUUACGAUCCGACGCUAAAAAGGGCACGUCAAGCGUUAUUAGAAAACGCCGGCGUUUACGUUGUGGAAGGAGAUAUCAAUGAUUUAACUCUUCUCAAGAAACUUUUCGAAGUUGUUGCGUUUACACAUGUUAUGCAUUUAGCCGCUCAAGCCGGAGUUCGAUAUGCUAUGGAAAAUCCAAGUUCUUACGUUCAUAGCAAUAUCGCCGGUUUUGUUAGUUUACUCGAGGUUUGUAAAUCCGCAAAUCCUCAACCCGCAAUUGUAUGGGCAUCUUCAAGCUCUGUUUAUGGACUCAACACACAAGUACCCUUUUCCGAAACCGAUAGAACAGAUCAACCGGCGAGCCUAUACGCCGCUACAAAAAAAGCCGGCGAAGAAAUUGCUCACACUUAUAAUCACAUUUACGGUCUUUCCUUAACCGGGUUACGUUUCUUCACCGUUUACGGCCCAUGGGGAAGACCCGACAUGGCUUAUUUCUUCUUCACUAGAGACAUAAUGAAAGGAAAACCUAUCCCCAUUUUUGAAGGACCUAAUCACGGGACGGUUGCUCGGGACUUCACUUACAUAGACGAUAUUGUAAAGGGUUGUUUAGGAGCGUUGGAUACUGCCGGAAAAAGUACGGGGAGCGGCGGGAAGAAGAAAGGUGUGGCUCAAUUGAGAGUUUAUAAUCUUGGGAAUACUUCGCCGGUGCCGGUGACUGAACUUGUGAGUAUAUUAGAGAGGCUAUUGAAAGUGAAGGCGAAGAGGUUAUUGAUGAAGAUGCCGAGAAAUGGAGAUGUGCAAUUUACUCAUGCUAAUAUAAGUUUGGCUUCGUCGGAGCUUGCUUAUAAACCGACGACUGAUCUUCAGACCGGCCUGAAAAAGUUUGUCCGGUGGUAUGUUAGUUACUACGGCGAUGGUAAGAAGAGCUCGCAAAGAUGAAUCUAAAUAUGUCUUUCUUGUAUUUACAUCACUGUUUAUUAGCCCGACCCGAA